AUGGGGUUCUCGUUCUUCAGCUCGACGUUCGACUCGCACUACGGCAAUUGCUUCUGUUUCCACUGUGGCUCGAAUGAACAGAAGAAUGAAGAGUUCUACCAGUACCAGACGGCCGCAUCUCCUGAAGACGGGUUGGAGCUCGUGUUGGACGCCCAGGCGCACGAGUAUCUGCCCACCUCGAUGGAGAUGGGGUUCGUGGUCAUGGUGCACGGACACGGCUUCCGUCCCGUACUCUGCAACGACGCCGUGUUCGCGGAGCCCGGAUACGUGACCUACAUCAGCCUCACGAUGGAGAAAAGGACAGCACUUCCGGAGCCUUACCAAUAUCCGUGCCGCAGCCGUUGGCCUCACUCUUUGAGGGGCUUCAGCCUCAACAACAGCAUGUACACCAGGGAGGACUGCCUCUACGUGUGCCAACAGGACCACACGCGUCGCAUGUGCGGCUGCGAGAAUCGCGACCUGCCCACCACAUCGAACAGGAGGGGCAGCAAGGCAUACCCCAUCUGUGAAGAGUCGCGGGAGCAGUGCGUCAGGGAAGUGCAAGUCAUCAUGAACCUUGAGUCAGCAGAGAAUCUGUGCAAGUGCCACCGGUCAUGCGUAAACUUAGAUUACCACAGGGAGGUCUCACGAGCUGCAUUGCCAGAGGGCCUUGGCUCGCAUUAGGAUAUACUUCACGAGAGACACCUACCUCAAGCUCACGUCCGUGCCGAAGUACGACGGAGCUCGAGUGGUGAGCAGCUUUGGUGGCAUCAACGGCAUGUACCUGGGCGUGUCCUUCUUCGUUCUCUUUGGAAUGUUCGAGACCCUGGUGCGGGCCGUGCGGCUGCUCUGGCGGAGGCCUUCCGCCACUUCACGUCGCCGCUCGCGGGAACACCGAGGCGACCGACGAUAUCCGGACGAGAAACAUGGGGUGCAAGAGAUCUCGCUCCUCACCGGUGUGAACAAGGGAAGGACAUCUUUCGACGAUUACCAAUUCCGGCCAACCAAGCUCCGUGGGGGUCACUUCCGCUCCCGUAUUCCUUUGCCCCGCUUCCGGGACAGUCACCCCCAGCAAGAUCGAUGGGCGAACCGGGAUCACGUGACGGGGUUCCUAUCAGGAGAGCACGAGCAGCAGCAUCAUCAUGCCGCCUUCAAGUCGCUGGCCCUGCUGCCCACCCUGCUGCCUGGCAUACGCCGGCAAUACGUCGCGGAGCGUGGCCUGCAUAAUUAAGAUGCUGGAAAC